AUGCACAGAAGCCAUGCGGUUGUAUCUGGUGAUAAUGGAGAUAGUGUGAUUAGGAGAGUCACCAUCAGAGAUGAAGAAGGGAAGAUAAAGGGAUGUUGGGGGUGGAGAAAGGACUUAUGGUAUUGCAAACUCACAGUCAAACUGCGGUACAUCAACCACCACCGGACCCUCAACCGCCACCGGACCCUCAACCACCACCGGAUCCUCAACAACCACCGGUCCCUCAACCACCACCGAACCCUCAACCACCACCGUACCCUCAACGACCACCAGACCCUCAACCACUACCAGACCCUCAUCCACCACCUGACCCUCAACCACCACCGGAUCUCAACCACCACCGGAUCCUCAACUACCACCGAACCCUCAACGACCACCAGACCCUCAACCACCACCGGACCCUCAUCCACCAUCGGACCCUCAACCACCACCGCACCAUCAACCACCACCGGACCCUCAUCCACCAUCGGACCCUCAACCACCACCGCACCCUCAACCACCACGGACCCUCAACCACCACCGGACCCUCAACCGCCACUGGACCCUCAACCACCACCGGACCCUCAACCACCACCGGACCCUCAGCCACCACCGGACCCUCAACCGCCACCGGACCCUCAACCGCCACCGGACCCUCAACCACCACCGGAUCCUCAACAACCACCGGUCCCUCAACCACCACCGAACCCUCAACCACCACCGUACCCUCAACGACCACCAGACCCUCAACCACUACCAGACCCUCAUCCACCACCUGACCCUCAACCACCACCGGAUCUCAACCACCACCGGAUCCUCAACUACCACCGAACCCUCAACGACCACCAGACCCUCAACCACCACCGGACCCUCAUCCACCAUCGGACCCUCAACCACCACCGCACCAUCAACCACCACCGGACCCUCAUCCACCAUCGGACCCUCAACCACCACCGCACCCUCAACCACCACGGACCCUCAACCACCACCGGACCCUCAACCGCCACCGGACCCUCAACCACCACCGGACCCUCAACCACCACCGGACCCUCAGCCACCACCGGACCCUCAACCGCCACCGGACCCUUAACCACCACCGGACCCUCAACCACCACCGGACCCUCAACCGCCACCGAACCCUCAACCACCACCGGACCCUCAUCCACCAUCGGACCCUCAACCACCACUGGACCCUCAACCACCACGGACCCUCAACCGCCACCGGAUCCUCAAUCGCCACCGGACCCUCAACCACCACCAGACCCUCAACCGCCACCGGACCCUCAGCCACCACCGGACCCUCAACGACCACCGGACCCUCAACCACCACCGGACCCUCAACCACCACCGGACCCUCAACUACCACCGGACCCUCAACCACCACCGGACCCUCAACCGCCACCGGACCCUCAACCACCACCGGACCCUCAUCCACCAUCGGACCCUCAACCACCACCGCACCCUCAACCACCACCGGACCCUCAACCACCACGGACCCUCACCUCAACCACCACCGCACCCUCAACCACCACGGACCCUCGACCACCACCGGACUCUCAACCACCACGGACCCUCAACCACCACCGGACCCUCAACCACCACGGACCCUCAUCCACCAUUGGACCCUCAACCACCACUGCACCCUCAACCACCACGGACCCUCAACCACCACUGGACCCUCAACCGCCACCGGACCCUCAACCACCACCAGACCCUCAACGACCACCAGACCCUCAACCACCACCGGACCCUCAUCCACCACCAGACCCUCAACCACCACCGCACCCUCAACCGCCACCGGACCCUCAACCACCACCGGACCCUCUCCUAAGGGGGUAA